CUCCACGGAGAUGGUGCAGACACAAGCCUCCCUCUCCAGCACGGAGCACCUCACCUCUGCGCCCCCCGCCGCCCUGGUCCUCAGCCUGGUCCUCGUCUCCUUCCACUCGGCUUGCUUGGCAGAAGCAAGCAGUGGCAACAGCUCCAGCUUGGCCGACCACCACCCGGAUGCCGAGACUCUGGAGCAGUGCCACAACGUGGACUUCUGCCAGCAAGCCUCCCGCUGUUGCCACAUUGGCGUGGAUGAGUACGGCUGGAUCGCGGCCGCCGUUGGCUGGAGUCUCUGGUUCCUCACCCUCAUCCUGCUCUGCGUGGACAAACUGAUGAAGCUCACUCCAGAGGAGCCCAAGGACUUGCCGGCAUGAGCUGCAGAAUCAGCCGCAAGAAGGCCAACCCCCACCCCACCACGGCUAACAGCAGGCACAGAAUAGCACCAAUGAGGUCUCUGGUAACGUCAUUUUCACCUUUAAACAUCAGUUACUUUCACAAAGGAAGAAAGGGUACCCCGUACAAGGAAAGGCCAGUGCUGCUAAAUUUCUAAAGGGACGUGGGCUCAUCUGAGCCCCAAUCAUCUCCUUUCUCAAGAGUCGCUGUGGGAGUGGCUUCCGUUUUAACCAUCACCUCCCUCUGGGCUCCAAGGGGGCCUCACAGGAACCCCUGAGACCUGGUCUUUUAGUCGACACGAUUGAAAUAAAACUUGUAACCUUCUCACCGAACCCAGGCUGCUGUCAUCUAUCUGUCCCUCCUUUCAGUCAAGGGCAUCACUGUCAUUUCAAAAUAAAAGGAUCACCUUCGACAUGCCCACUGUCCUCACUCCCAUGUCCGAUGCUUCUCUGGCUCUGUUCUUUCCUCAACUACACCUUCCGUGGCUGUCCUGGGCCAUCCUCCCUGCCCGCGGCCUGGUUCCGGCCCUCACUACAUCGUCCCCGUGUUAUUGCAGGAUAUUUCCUUUCAUCCUGCCUUCAAGAUCUUCCUCCCCAGCUCGCCACUCCCCUGGGGCAACUGCCCCACAGCCUGGCACCAAGCCCUGCACAUGCGUCCAACCACCCAACUCCCAGCACAGACGCGCAGGGCCGGCUCCACCGCUGGGUAUGUUCCACGGCCCUGCAGCUCUCCAGCUCCGCCCCACCCCCACCCCACCGCGGCCCCACCUCCAGAAUGAAGGC